AUGAGUCUGACUUCCGUGGUUUCCUGGAGUCUGGUGUCGGGCUAUAAAACCCUGCUGGGAGCAGGAUGAGACCCCAGAAGCUGCCCCAGCUCGAAGGGACCACAGAAGGCUGUGAUGGAGCACCUGCAGAGCCUCCUGCUGCCCCUCAUGCUGGUGAUGUGCCCCCCAGUCAGCAGCACCCCAUCCAUUGCAGAUGAUCCCUGGAGGUGGAGGGAGAGAGGAGAAGCCAGGACACGGCCUGCUCCCUACGUGGCCUUUCUGCAGGGGAAGGACAACCACAGCUGUGGGGGCUUCCUGGUGGCUCCAGGCUGGGUGAUGACAGCAGCUCAGUGCCUCCAGCACAAACCCCUGAGUGUCAUCCUGGGAGCCCAAAGCCUGCAGAGGAGAGAGGAAAGCUGGCAAACCUUCCAGGUGAAGGAGUACCACAGCUACCCAGGCUUCACCAGCCCCAAGGAGGGCAAGGACAUCCUCCUGCUGAAGCUGAGUGGCAAUGCCAGCAGCAAUGGCCACGUCAGGCCCAUUUCCUUGGAGAAAUCCAAAAUUCGGGGAGGCGCCGAGUGCAGCCUGGCUGGCUGGGGUGACAGGACGGCCACUGUCACCAUCAUCAGGCAGAGGGACUGCCUCAACCACUACCCAGGCCUUGCUGACAACUUGAUCUGUGGCCAGAGCAGAUCCUCCAAGGUACCUGGAAAGGCUGAUGCUGGGGAUCCUCUGGUCUGCAACAACAAAGCCUUUGGCAUCUUCUCCUACAGGCACAACAACUGGCCUGGCUUCUACACACACAUUGCUCCUUACCUGCCCUGGGCCCACAGCGUCAUGAAACCCUUGUGA